CAAAAAGAGUUCAACCACACAGAUCGAAGUCCUUCAAAUGAUGAGAGAACCAUUCAAGUAAACCUAAUGGCUUCUUCUUCCUUUAACCUUUAUAAGUGCUAACAGUUGUCUUUGGCAUUGCAUCUUAAAUCAGACUUUUGCGCCUUCAUCUAUAUGGAGCUAUUUCAUAUCAACUAUGUUGUUUUCUUCCGGCUGCUACUUCUCUCAUUUUGUCUUGUCUUUGAGUUUUUCUCGAUUAACUGCAAUGCUCUUGGGCAAUGCCUCGAGUCAGAGAGCUCAGCGCUUCUCCAGCUGAAGCGAGGCCUUACUUCUGGUCACCUCGAUAUAUGGAAGCUAAGCACGAAUUGUUGCAUCUGGGAGGGUGUGACAUGUGAUGAAUCAACAGGAAGGGUCAUAGGCCUUGACCUAAGUAAUCGGUUCAUUGCUGGUAUGAUUGAUCCUAGCCUUUUUAAUCUCACAUCUUUACGCGCUCUCAAUUUUUCCAACAACAAAUUUCAUGGAAUCUCCAUUCCGAAUUAUGGGUGGGACCGGCUUGCAAAUCUUUCGAGCCUAGAUCUUUCCUAUGCCGAAUUUGCUGGGAAGAUUCCUGUUGGUAUCUUUAGCUUGAUGAAGAUGACUUUCCUUGACCUCUCCUCUCCUUAUGAUGAAUUUGGGGGGCUUUCGCUCGCUAGUAAACCAAUAUUUUUGCGAAACAUGAGUAGCUUGAAGGAACUUCAUCUUGAAAAUGUAGACCUCUCGCCAUACCAAAAUGAAUGGUGCGAUGCUCUAGCCAAUUUCACCCCUGCACUUGAGAAGUUAAGCAUGAUUGAUUGCUCUCUCUCUGAUGCUAGUUGCUUCUCUGUCUCCAUGCUCCCCCAUUUAUAUAGUAUUGACCUUACAGGAAAUAAUUUGGACUUUAAAAUUCUUUAUUCAUUUGUCAAUUUGACUUCUUUAAUUUCAUUAGUAGUUGAAAAAAACCAAUUCAAAGGUGUUUUUCCCAAGCAAUUAUUUCUACUAAAAAAAUUACGGCAUCUUUAUGUCGGAUUUAAUCCAAUGCUUUCUGGCUCUCUUCCAAAAUUUUUAGAGGAUAAUAAGCUAAUAUCUUUAUCUCUUCAAGAUACUAUUUUUUUUUGGAAUUUACCUGAUACGAUAGGCAACCUCAAGUUUUUAAACUAUUUGGUUCUCUCUAACUGUCAAUUCUCUGGGAGAAUACCACCUUCAAUAAGGAAUCUAUCGCAACUAAAUCGGUUGGAUUUAUCAGAAAAUAAUUUUAGUGGAGACUUAGAGUUUGAGUUUAUCAAGGAUCUCAAGAAUCUUGUUGAUUUGGACCUCUCAAAAAGUGGACUUUCUCUAAAUUCAUGGGAUGCAUGUAAUGGAUCUUUCUUAUCUUCCUUUCCUAAGAUAUUAUUUUUUAGAGCAGCUAGAUGCAAUCUAACUAAGAUCCCUACAAUCAUAAAUUACCCACUUAGGAUGGAUAUAUUGGACCUCUCAAAUAAUAGAAUUCAUGGGGAAAUACCGAGCUGGUUUUGGAGAAUUAAUAUAGCAUUGAACUUAUCUUGCAACAUGUUUACACAUGUUGCAGAGCCUCCUCUUAAUCUUACUAUGUAUAAUAAUGAUUUUAUAUAUAUUGAUCUCCAUUCCAACAUGCUUGAAGGUCCAAUUUCUCCUCUCCCAUUAACUAAUUAUACAUUAUUAGAUUUCUCAAACAAUCAUUUCACAUCUUUUAUCUCUUUCAACAUCACCUCACACCAAAAUUCUUUGAAGUACCUUUUUCUUGCAAAUAAUAGCUUGACUGGAGAAAUCCCACCAUUCAUCUGCAAUAUGACCAACUUAUUGGUACUUGAUUUAUCAAAUAACAUGUUAACAGGUUCUAUUCCAUCAUGCUUAUUGAAAGGAGUUGAUCUACAAGUGCUAAAAAUAAGAGGAAAUCAGCUUCAUGGAGCCAUUCCCAAUGAAAUUAGUCCAAAAUGUGAAUUACAAAUUAUAGAUCUCAGAGACAACCAAUUAGAUGACUUGAUUCCUAGGUCUCUAUCUAAUUGUCAAUCACUUGAGAUUCUGGACCUAGGGAAUAAUAACUUAAAGGACUCAUUUCCUUAUUGGUUACGAAAUAUGUCAUCUCUAAGGGUUCUUGUUUUAAGGUCUAAUAAAUUCCAUGGGGAAGUUGGGCCUUUUGAAGGAAAUCUUGAAAGAAAUUAUGCUUUUUCUAUGUUACAUGUCUUGGACAUCUCAUUCAAUAAUUUUAGUGGCAACUUAUGUGCAGAGUGCUUCAAUAAUUUCAAGUCAAUGAUGAUAGAUAAAAUAGACAUAGUAAAAGAUUUUACACUUGAAUUUUUAAGUCAAUACUAUUAUUUGGGUUUGGUCACCAUUAUGAACAAAGCGCAACAAAUGACAAUACAAAAGUUCUGGACGAUUUUCAAGUCAAUAGAUUUUUCUAACAAUUAUUUUGAAGGAGAGAUUCCUAUAACCAUUGGCCAACUUACUUCUCUUCAAGUGCUCAACAUGUCACAUAACUAUUUAACAGGUAAAAUUAUUCCACAACUUCAGAAUUUAUCACACCUCGAGUCAUUAGACCUCUCAAUGAAUAGCCUUUCAGGUAAAAUCCCACAAGAGUUGGUUUUCUUAAAUUUCUUGGCAUAUUUAAACCUCUCCUACAAUAAGUUGGUAGGAAACAUUCCAGUUGGAGGUCAAUUCUUCAGUUUCUCAAACACUUCAUUUGAAGGAAAUAAUGGAUUAUGCUUACUUCCAUGCAACGCAUCAGUUCCAAGAGUGAACAAUAUUACAAUAUCAUUAAAUUUACACAAACAAGCUCUAAAGAAUAGAAGAUAUAUGAUUAUAAUGGGAAUAUUAUUUGGUGUCGGAUUUGGAGGUUCAAUGGCAGUAGUUGUUGUGCUUGAUGUCAUGUGCUGUGAUAAUAGGAGACCGAUUAAUGAAUAAUUUGCAUGAAAGCCUCUUUGUAAAAAAUAUUCUACUAAUGAAGCAGAAAGCACUGUUGCAAUGAUUCUCAAUAUGUUUUUUUUUAAGUUGUCAUAUAAAUAUAUAUAUAUAAUGAGAGAGAGAGAGAGAAAGAGAGAGAGAGAGAGAGA